CGCCCGCCCGCACUCACACACGCACAGGACGCCGCGGGACUCGUACAAACACUCACAGCAUGGCGAAUACGAGCCCUGAGUAGUCGCCUGAAAGACGCCUGUUUUUUCCGAUGCAUCGCCUCAUGAGCUCGGCUGUGGCUGGGCUGCGACCCCUGACGUCGGUUCCCUGGACGUCCACUCACAGGCCGGUCCGGAGAGCCUUUCUCAACGGCGCCAACAGAACCUACGUGGAGGAGAUGUACCUGGCUUGGCUGGAGGAGCCCGCCAGCGUACACCAGUCAUGGGACAUGGUAUUCCGUAAGACCCACGCGGCCCACCGUAGCCCGAUGCCUCUUCGGGGGCCGAGCACCGAGACUGACAUGGAGAAGUUGGUGGGAGACCAUCUGGCGGUCCACACGCUUAUACGCACUUACCAGGUGCGAGGUCAUCACAUCGCCAAGUUGGACCCUCUGGAAAUCAGCUGCGUGGACUUGGAUGACGCUCCGUGUAGCAUCGGGUCGCAAAAAGUUGGUUCUCAUGGUCUAGAUCAUUCGGACUUGGACAAGAUUUUCCGCCUUCCGAAAACCACAUUCAUUGGUGGCAACGAGGACGCUUUGACACUCAGGGAGAUCAUUCGACGUCUGGAGGAGGCAUACUGCCAACACAUCGGAGUGGAGUAUAUGUUCAUCAACGACGUACAGCAGUGUCAGUGGAUCCGACAGAAGUUCGAAACCCCAGGAAUCCUGCAGUUUAGCGCGGAGGAGAAGCGAAUCAUGCUGGCCAGGAUGAUCCAAUCCACAAGGUUUGAAGAGUUUCUUCAGAGAAAGUGGUCAUCAGAGAAACGUUUUGGCUUGGAAGGAUGCGAAUCACUCAUCCCAGCCCUCAAGGCCAUCAUUGACAAAUCGAGCGCGAUUGGAGUGGAGAGCAUCAUUAUGGGAAUGCCGCACAGAGGGAGGCUAAACGUUCUUGCCAACGUCAUCCGCAAGGAAUUGGACCAGAUCUUCUGCCAGUUUGAUCCAAAACUAGAGGCUACAGAUGAGGGUUCCGGAGACGUCAAGUACCACCUGGGAAUGUUCCACAAGAGGUUAAACCGAAUCAGCGACAAGAUGGUCACAUUGUCGCUCAUGGCCAACCCGUCUCACCUAGAGGCCGUGGACCCUGUGGUCCAGGGUAAGACCAAAGCUGAACAGUUUUACAGCGGUGACACGGAGGGAAAGAAGGUGAUGUCCAUCCUUAUUCACGGCGACGCCGCAUUCGCCGGUCAGGGUAUUGUUUACGAAACCUUCCACCUGUCAGACCUGCCAUCCUACACCACGCACGGUACCGUGCAUGUGGUGGUCAACAACCAGAUCGGCUUUACCACGGAUCCCAGGAUGGCUCGCUCGUCUGCAUAUCCCACAGACGUGGCUCGUGUGGUCAACGCGCCCAUCUUCCAUGUCAAUGCUGAUGAUCCCGAGGCAGUCAUGUAUGUGUGCAACGUGGCGGCGGAAUGGAGGAACACAUUCCACAAAGACGUGGUGGUGGACCUGGUAUGCUACCGGCGGAACGGUCAUAACGAGAUGGACGAACCCAUGUUUACCCAGCCGCUGAUGUACAAGCAGAUCAAAAAGCAAAAGAGCGUCCUGCAGAAGUUUGCGCAAAGGCUUAUCGGAGAGAAAGUGGUCACCACUCAGGAGUACCAGGAGGAAGUGGCCAAGUACGACAACAUGUGCGAAAAAGCCUAUGCUCGCUCAAAAGAUGAGAAGAUCUUGCACAUCAAACACUGGCUGGACUCUCCCUGGCCUGAUUUCUUCACAGCGGAUGGACGUCCCAAAACUAUGAGCUGUCCAUCCACCGGCCUCUCGGAGGAUGAGCUUUGCCAUAUUGGAAAGGUGGCCGCCUCCGUCCCCAUGAAAGACUUUACCAUCCACUCAGGUCUGAGUCGCAUUCUGAAGGGUCGUGCAGACAUGGUCAACCAGCGAGUGUGCGACUGGUCGCUGGGCGAAUACAUGGCUUUGGGCUCUCUACUCAAUCAAGGCAUCCACGUUCGUCUGAGUGGUCAGGAUGUAGAGAGGGGGACUUUCAGCCAUCGCCAUCACGUCCUUCACGACCAAAACGUGGACAAAAAGACUUGCAUCCCUAUGAACCACAUCUCCAGCGAACAGGCAACAUACACCGUCUGCAACAGCUCGCUGUCGGAAUAUGGAGUCCUCGGUUUCGAAUUAGGCUUCGCCAUGGCCAGCCCCGACGCGCUGGUUCUGUGGGAGGCUCAGUUCGGAGACUUUCAUAACACGGCUCAGUGCAUCAUCGACCAGUUCGUCAGCUCAGGUCAGGCCAAGUGGGUACGACAAAACGGCAUCGUGUUGCUGCUCCCUCAUGGCAUGGAAGGAAUGGGUCCCGAGCACUCGUCGGCCCGACCCGAAAGAUUUCUCCAGAUGUGCAACGACGACCCCGAUGUGCUCCCGAGGCAGCACGACGACUUUGCUGUUCGGCAGUUGUAUGAGUGUAACUGGAUUGUUGUCAACUGCUCCACCCCUGCCAACUAUUUCCACGUUCUCCGCCGACAGAUCCUAUUACCCUUCAGAAAACCGCUGAUUGUGUUCACGCCAAAAUCCCUUCUGCGCCACCCGGAGGCUCGAUCCAAUUUUGACCUCAUGUUGACAGGAACCCAAUUUCAGCGCGUGAUCCUUGACGAGGGUCCAGCAUCCGCCGAGCCCAGCAGCGUGAAGCGUCUCGUAUUCUGCACUGGAAAGAUUUACUACGACCUGCGCCGUGAGCGCGCCAAGCGGGAACUGGACGCUGCGGUGGCGAUAGUCCGUGUGGAGCAGCUGUCACCCUUCCCGUUUGAUCUGGUACGAACUGAAAUGGAACGCUACGCCCAGGCGACCGUGGUCUGGUGUCAGGAAGAGCACAAGAAUCAGGGAUACUACGAAUACAUCAAGCCCCGAAUGCAGACCACAGUUGGCCACGCACGACCGAUUUGGUACGCUGGGCGCGAUCCCGCAGCUGCCCCGGCAACGGGAAACAAACACACUCACCUGACGGAGCUGCAACGCCUCCUCAACACCACCUUUGACCUAGACGGCUUCUCAGAAAAUCAAUGUUGACCUCUUCCAUGGACGUUCAAGCACUCAGGGGAUGCCGUUGCAUUGCUGUAAAUGUGAAAAAGUGUAAAAACACAGGUGUCUCAUAAAGGGCAAGCUUUGUGCGAACAUACAUUAUAAUGUGAUCUGCUAUGGGAAAGCCAAAAGAAAUUAGCAUAUAUUUGCCAAUGUUUUGUUUCCGAGAUAAAAAGUAAAUUAAUUUUGACCGUUUUAACUGAAUUUCUCAGGGAUUUUAUUGCUUCCUUUACUAGGGAUGUCCCGAUCUGAUCACGUGAUCGGAAAUCGGGCCGAUCGCACCAUUUUUCAUAGGAUCGAAAUAAGGUGAAAACAAUCAGCUUUUUAAUUUAAAAAAUAUAUUUCUUUUUCUGAAAAUCGGGUUGAUCGCGCCAUUUUUCAGAGGAUCAGAAUCAAGUCAAAACAAUCAGGUUUUCAAUUAAAAAAUAUGUUUUUCUGCUUCAUGCUCGUACAGCGCCACGCCUUCUCUCCUGCUAAGCAGUGCAGCCAAAUUGUCCAGUGCAGCUUGCGUUUGGUACUUAAAGUUAAUGAUAAUUGACAGGUUUGUAGCUCUUAUCUUGCCAGAGAAGCUUGGUAGCUCUACCAUUAAAGGCACAAAUGUAUCAAUCAUCGUUAAAUUUGCAGCCCAGUCAUAAGUGUGCUGUGGCAACUCAUUGUGUAAGUGAGGGGCUGUUCUGAGCAGCCUGAGUGGGUUUGAGUGGACUCACUCAAUGAAGCAUUUAAUAAAGACAAACAUUUUUCUACCUUAUUCUUGUGAAAUACAGCAUCAAGGCGGCACAGUGGGAUAGUAACAUGUUUGGAACUUGUGUUUAAAAAUAAAGAAAUAAAAUGUCGGCUUCGGAUCGGGACUCUGUAUUGUUAGAUUCUCAAAAUCAGGUGAUUUGGACUCGGGUGCAAAAGUAUACGAUCGGGACAUCCCUAUUCUUUACCAACUAUAUUACCUCAUGGAUAGGACAUUUUGCUCUGUCAGCUAAACAACGAAAAAAUAUUUUUUGAUGUGAAGACAAGUGAAUGUCAGCUACAGUGCCUUGCAAAAGUAUUAGGCCCCCUUGAACCUUGCAACCUUUCGCCACA